UAAAUAUACCUAUAAACUAAAUCAUGAAUGCAUUAGAAAACAUUAGCUCAAACAAAAACUUGGCUAAUGUUGGUUUUAACAGGCAGCAGCUGGUUUCAGCCAUGAGAAAUGAGUUACAUCAUAUUCAUUGUUGCCACCCAAAUCAAUAAAACUACAUGCAAACACUUUCAAAAUCAAUACAACGCCACUUUAAUUAAACGAAUACUCGAAGCAAUAAAAUUUAAUUUGAAUAUUUUUUUCUAAUCGAAUACGCGAGUUAAUCGAUUAAUGGUUGCAACACUAGUCUCCAUCCACUGCCAUUAAAUCAAUAAAAUACAAAACUAUUUUGGUUGUGGCAUUAGACAUUUCUUCAUGUUGUCCUCCCAUGUCGUAAUGAUGGCGGAUGGAUGCGACAUUUCCAAAUUGUCUUUUUUGAGGGAUUUUAAUGAGUAUUGCCACUCCAGCUCUACUGUUGUUUUGGGUAGAGAAAAUGUAAAAUGGAAGUCGCGAGCAGAUAUGCAGAAGUAAAGCGAAAGUACCUCAGAAACUUGUCUAUAGGUGUCCUAAUCAUUUGCACUGGUAUUUUUGAUGUUUCAUGCAGCUAGUGUGCCCAAUUCAGGCUGUGAUGCUCAUACUUAGGAUGCUCCCAACAGUAUAGGUGUAGAGGUUUCUGAGCAGCCUUUUUACCACUGUGUUGAACUUGUGUGACUAUGACAGGUCUUGGUAGAUGUUAAUGCUAGCAUAAAUGAAGAUUUUUCACCUUCUACACCUGGGCUUUAUUCAUGAUGAAAAGAAAAAAGCCCCUUUCCCUCUUGGGGAAGUCCAUUCUGAUCUCCUUUUAUUGAAUGCUUUGAUGCUGGCUGAAAGAGUUCAGCAAGGUACACUGAUGUUGUUAUACACAAAUAUGUUUAGACUCCCGGGGUAAUAGUGACAUUUUAGCUUAACCUUCCUGAAAAUUUAAAAGUUCAAUUUCGAAAUUGUACUAUUAGGCUGCCAUUGUAUACGUUAAAUCCUCAUCAGACCACAAUAGCAUGUUGGUGCUACUCAUGAAUUUAAACUGCUGAGAAGCAUGACUGUGCAGGCAGAAGUCACAUGUCUUCUGCUUAUCAAAUAAAGGAGGCCUGUUGGAGAGGAUAUGGGUUCACGGUUGCGACGUUAUCAUGAUUUGUCGCAUCUGCAGCAUGAAACAGUCGGACAAGGAGGAGACAUUUCCUCUCGUCUUAGCGGGAGCUGUAUAGCUGAUACUUUUGUAAGCGCCAAAGCAGAAUUGCAAUAUCCUGAUACUACAUUUGAACGAGGGGACACAAGAAGUCAUCCCCCGCUGACCACUGACUUAACACCUCAGGAAAGCACAUGGCUGACUCAACAAGGUGAAGGUGUGGCUGGGAGCGUGAAUCGUCAAGACCCACAAUUAAAUCACAUGGAGGUCAAAGGCCAUCUGAUUACAUCCAUGGGUUUGGUGGGAGCUCCAGAUGUUCAAGUGUGCCACGACAGCAAGCUGCAGGCUGAGCGGGUUGCAGCCCUGCAAGAGAGGAAGCAGGCCCUGGAGGCUCUUCUUAACACCCGCAUAGAGGAACUCAAACUUGUUUGUUUUCAAGAAGCAGAGCUGACUGGGAAAUUGCCACAAGCUUUCCCCCUGGAGACCGGUGAGAAACCCCCAGCAGUGCAGCGCAGAGUUGGCAUGCCUCCCAACUGCAGGACAGAAGAUGAUGUUGCCCAAAGAAAGCAGAUGAAAGCAAUCUUUACUGGUGCCCUAUACAGGCACACAGAUUCAGAAAGAAACAUCCCAAAUAACAAGAGGACAGUUCAUCGGGGCUGUCACACAGAGGACGGUGUCACGUCAGAGAGUACGAGCUCUAUGUCAGAUUCAACAUCGCAUGACAAUGAAUCCUCUCCCAGCGUAGCAGCAGAUCAACGUUCUCUGUCCCAGCCUCGUCUUACUGUAGGCAGCCCUGACCACAGGAUCAGCAGGAAACUCUCUCCCGUAGAGGUUUACUACGAAAUGAGAACUCGUCGCAAUUCUGUCACAAGUUCUGUCAGUCCAACACACUCUUUACCAAGAAGUGCAUCUAAUGUUGAAGGCAGAAGUGUUCCAGCUACACCACUUUUGGCCCGAACCGCACCAAUCAGUGUUCAUGUCAGGUCUGACGUGUCAGGAACCAAUGGAUUGAAGCAGUGGUCUGGCAGUCUAGAUGUGCCCUAUAUGAUACCACUUGCCCAGGAGGGCUCAGACCGUAGAAGCUGCCUUUACAACUCCAGAGCCAGACGCAGUAACAGCUCAGAGGCCCUGCUGGAUCGGUCCAGCCUUCCCGACGAUCCGGCUCCCAGAAACGGCAUGCACCCGAAAGGGGGGCCCUACAAGAGCUCGGAAACACUAACGGAUGGGAAACUACGACACAUUCACCUGAGUAGCCCUGAGAAACACGUGGAUGGGUCUGGGGAACAGGCCAAAAUGCGCUUGUCCAUGGGGGGCAGAGGGGCUGGGGUGGGCUACAAUGAGCUGUUGAUGGACUACAUCUGGGGAAAACAGCAAAGGAUGCAAGUGCAGCACAACCUCUUCCAGUCCACAGGCAGGAUCUGGCAGGAUUUGCCCUCUCACGGUUCCACUAGCGGGGGAGGUGCUCCCCAUGCUAACGGUUUCUCGCAUUCCCAGGUGCACCUCCCGAGUGCUGUUCCUCCUCACAGCCCCAUGGUUGGCCGAGGUUCUCAAGCUGACAUGCGGAGGGUCAAGGUCACCAGAACCAAAUCUUGUGGACCCUUUAUUCCAUUGCAGCAACACCCCCAGGAUGCCAUCUUACUGUCAGCGUAUGAGUCACACCUUCCUGCCUCUGGAACCACUACAUCAUCCAUUCCCAACCUGCUCCCUUACCAGACCGAGCUCUCUGGCCCUGCUUUUAGUAGAAGAGCCCCACCAUUCUCCCUUCCGACUCCAGAGGACUCAACACGUAGUCUCCACAAAGCCCUGGCUCUGGAGGGACUGAGGGACUGGUACCUUCGGAAUGCCCUCGGAUACCCUUCUAAGAGCCACGAAGCAGGGAUUUCACGUCUGUCGCACCCCCACCCUCUGGCUUUCCAGGCCCAGUCUGUUCAAGGUGAAGCAGUCAACCUCCACAGAACUCAAAUGUCCACGUCAGCCAGCUUCCAUGGGCACCCACUGCAUGGCAGGUCAAUGGAGCUCUCCCUCUAUCAGGAGACUACUCAAACCCAGACACAAGAAGGGGCCGCGAAGGAACCCAACAAAGAUCCAGGCACCCUUGUCUAAAGCAGAUUGACAAAUUCAAAAUGCAAAAUACCAAGCAGUGAGCCUAAGAACAGACCACUUGAUACAAUGUGACAUAAACAGGAGAAACAAAGCAUGGUAACCUCAGCAGAAAAAUGACCAACUAAUGACAGAUUGUAGCUGUAUAGUGUGUUUUUCAGUCCCUUGCCCUUGAACCUACUCUUCCCUAAAUGGGGUGCAUUUAACAAGAAUAUAGUCGAGCCCUACUUCUUAAUAGUAUCCCCAUAAAAAUUCACAAUAUCAUCAAUAAUAACAGAGAUUCUCCCAAGGUAUACUUUUUUACAAGAUUAAAUCACUAUUUUGUAUCUUCAGAGAUAAUUAAAAAAAAAAAAGGUUUUAAUGAAGAGAUAAUAUAUUGUUCAUUAACCACGCGUGUUAUACAAGUAUAAAUACAUGCCAGUGAAUGUGUGUCUGUGGACUAUUAAAAAAAAAACCUCAAUCUUCAUCUGUAAUUUAUUUAAUAGCUAUUCCUAUUUGGUAAUGUUGAUACAAGAAAUGGGCCAUGAACUAAGUUUACCAGUGUAGCAGAUGGGAGUGCCUCAAUGUUUUUAAUAGAGCAAAACUAAAUGUUGGUUAGAUGACUUUAAAGUGCUUUCUAAUGGCUGUACUGCUCAUAUUAAGCACCUACUGUAUGAAUUGAAUUGAAUCAAGCAAAGCAGUUCAUGAUGUCACCAAAUUAAGAGAUUUUGGAACAAUACUUUUUAUUCCUCCAGCUGAUGGGAUGCUUUGAUUUGUUUUUGGAACAAACCUGAGGGCUGUUGUGAGAUCUACUGUAUUCCAGUAGCACAUAUACUGUAUGACAAAGAAUUGUGUCGCUUUUCUUCAGUUGAAAUUGGUUGUGGCUGUCAUACGGAGCACUUUAUGAACAUCUUAAGCCUUAAAUUCUCUUUGAUUUGUCACCACGAGACAUGACAGUUAUCAUCAGCCUGAGUCUGUAAAUAGAUUGAAUUGUGCCGAGGAGAUUCAAGAUGAUGUUUUAUUCCUUUACUAACAAUAGCUUAUUUUGUUUGGUUUUUGUUUUUAACUAACACAUGCAAGGGCGUAGGUUUGCAUAGGGACGGUAGGGACAUAACAAUGGCAACUUUUCAGGAUGCUCAAAUUGUCCCCACCAACUUUUAAGCCACCUUAUAUGCAUUAUAUAAUGAGUUUAGCAAUAUAGGUCAUUUAGAUUGUCUUCCCAUAUGUAAAGGAUAGAACUGACCCUAGUCACCCUGCCAUUAUUAAGUGAAUUAUUUUCAUUAUGUUCAAACUUACAUUUACCUCAUUUCACUUGCUGAAUGUGCCGGUCCAUUAUUCCCCCCCUCAAACGCACAUUUGAUUUGCUGAUGACUUGACCCACACUGACACACACCCACACCCACACAGCCCAACAGAAAAACAUGUCGACAACAUGCUGCCCCCUCCAGCCCUUUCUAAGAAAGGGAUAUUAGAAGAAGUUUUUUUCGGCCAGCAGCAGCCACUGUUAGUAAUUUAAUAAUACGCCAAUGUUGUGGAGGUGAGAAAAACACCACUAGUUUUGCUACUGAAAGGUCGACCUGCAUUAGUUAGCAUAACAUUAAACCGUGUGAAAUUGCUAACCUGCAAAACCCAAGUAGGAAGCUGGAUAGAGAGAAGUGUCCUUCUGUUGUGUUUUCUACUCUUAACUUGAAUUAAACUGUGAGAAAUGUAGUAAACUCUGCUGGAAACUAUAAAACUAGAAAAACGUGAGCAAAAAAGCUGUUUAGAGAGAGAGGGGUGCUGCAUAACCUCAUAUGUUGCUCACACAACAGAAUAUAAUCAUCAUUAACUCUGUACAUAAAAAAUUGGGAUGCCGCGAGCUACCCACACUAGCAUUGCGAUCGACGAGUCAAUCGUUAUCAAUGUAAUGAGCACCUUUGAUUCAUCGUAUCAAUUAAUUAGGUUCAUAUUUGUGAGAAAUGUCGCCCUAACCCUUGUUCACCUAAUCUUUUGGGUCUUAUUAAUAUCCCAUCCCCAGUAAAAAGUGUACAUGCAGGUUAUGCUGUUAUAUUGUCCCUACCAAUGUUGAGACCAAACCUACGCCCUUGAACACAUGUAAUAAGUCCUCCCUGCUUUGAAUGAAUUUGAUUUUCUGUUUACAAAAAAAGUGAGGCUGAUGGCAUGAACGCACUAGGGCUGCUUUUGUUCUGAAUGACUGAGUGAGCAGGCCUCACACCAGAAAAUGGGUUCAUGAAAGUUUAUCUCUGCUAAUUUGUAUAUGCAAUGAUUUUAGCAUUUCAACAAAUCACCUCUUAUUGUUGUCUGGGGGGUGGUGCUUAUACUUAAUUACGCAUAUUAUUUCUUAGUUGUUAAUCAAAGUCUCACAAACAUUCUGCAACAUAAACCUCAGAAAAUGUGAGUAUAAGAUGAUAUUGUAAUUGAUUUUGAUGUAUACAAAAGUAAACAUAUUUUUUGACCUAUUAGUUGCCAUGUAUGAUGUUUGAAUGUAUCGUUUGUUUGAUACUGUAUGUUGAUAUUAUUUCGUACUCUGGUACAAACUGUAGCACCCUGUGAAUUUAAUGUUCUAAUGUACACAGCUAUACAGUUUUCUGAAAAGACCAAAUGUCUGUGCACUGGGAAUUGAAAUGUAUUUUUCUUAGAGUUCAGAAGAAAUGCUUUGAAUUUAGCUCUAAAGCAAAAUUUACCUAUACUGUAGUAUAUUCAUAAACUUGAAGACUUUGUAGCAAUCUACUGUAGCUUGUUCUCAUCAGUCAGUGCAGGAAUUAAUGUGUUACCUAGAACUAUUUCAUCAAGCAGUGUGACUUGCUAAUAUUCAAGCCUCUUUUUAAAAAAUAUAUAUAUUUAAGACCACUGUUCUGCCUCCCUUUAUUAGCAGGUCUAUGAACCAGGCCCAAUAGGCCUUUCCUUAUACUGUAUGUACAUGUGAGUAUGAAAUUGUGCAUUCAUUCUACUAAAAUAAAGUUUCAUGUUGCAAUCAACAGUUUUGCGUCUAAGGGUGAUUCCAUAAAGUAUCAUCAGUUGUUUUUCAGGGUAAAGUAAAAUGAAUUCUUCCAACCUACCCUAAAUCACACUUAUGCAACUUGAUUGCAAUUGUCGUAGCAGAUUUACAGUCAAGAUUACAUAAAGUAUACCUGUAAAUCCAAUUGAAUUCUGUUUAAAUAUGAAUUUACAUUUUACGACCAAAUGGGAACUAUUUGGAAAGUUUUCAUCUUUAACAUUUUACAUGAAACAUGCAAAGGUCGAGGUCAAUCAGUUCAGAUAGAAGUUUAUUUAACCCCUUCAGACCUAAGUAUGCUGCUGAAGAACAUGACGCGUUUGCGGCUCUAAACCAAUAAAUACACUGAAUUUAAUUGCUAUUGCCACUUCUGGGAGAUGAUUGGAUGAAACUUUACCCAUCGAAAUCAAAUCAUGAGGUUUGGCAUGCCCUCUUUGCUAUUUUUGGCUCUGAAAAUGGCUGACCAAACUCAACUUCAAAAAGGAUAACUUAACGUGCUCAUUUCUCAUUAAAAACACAUUAACAUUAAAAACCAAUAAAAGCAUGAAAUAUCCCCUACCAAAAAAAUGUUUUAGCAGAGUGAAAAUCAAUGCAGAUUUUAUUUUUUUGUCUAGCAGAAAAAAUGCA